CUGUAGUGGAGUUCUUUCUUAUCUGUAGUGCACUAGACAGGGCGACAUCAGAGCGUGUAUACUUUACCGACGAAAUGAUUCACUACCUUUUGCUCCUCUUAACCACAACUGCUCUCACACAAGCCUCAGCUCGUCAGGAGAAUCAGAAAAAUGUGGACCCACAGGAAAUCAAACCCCUUCUAUUCAUCGUAGAAAGAUCUCAGACGACUCCACAGCAGCAAAAUGAGAAGAAGGAAUCAGCAAGACAGCAAGCGCAGCAGGGUUUCGAAUCAAAUCUACAAUUUGGAGGAUUUCCAUUUUUAGAACCGCAAUUUCAGUACCCAGGAUUCAAUCAACAAAGUUUUCCAAGGGUUCAACCCUCUAUAUACUUAUAUGGUCCAGGAGGUCAUGGUCAACCAAUUCUCAUCAAUCCGGGAUCUCCACCUGGCAAUUUCCUGGUCCCGCAACCAUAUCCUGGCCCAAACGUCAGGGAUACUCCCCAACAAAGACCAUUCUUUGUUGGUGGAUACCCGAACCCAAAACCAGCUCACAUUCCACCUAUAGAAAAAGAUGCCGAGGAGAUUCCUACAAAUCCAGCCAAGAUUCCUCCAUUGGAGUCUACUCCAAAAGCGACAAAACCUGAAAAACUUGAAACGUUCAAUGAAGGCAAAAACGAAUAUCCGUUCAAACCAGCUGGAGAGGCCGAUGUUCUUGCAGCUGCAGACAAAAAUCCACAGUUCAUCAAUACUAACGCCCUCAGGCCUGGUCACCGUUUCUUCAUUCUGAAUGGAAACGACUUAUUUCAAAAUUACCCCAAUGUCCCGAACUACCCAGGGGAGGCCAAUGUCGGUUUGAAAUAUGCUCAGCAACCUGACUCUCAAUACCAACAACCAGAGGUUUUUCAGAAGCAACAGCUACCACUCGACAUCAAUUCCCUCCUCGUCCAAACUCUACUUGUAAGACCUUCUACAGGUGAAACUAUUCCCAACUCAGAUUUGAAUCCUGAACAAAGAUUCCACCCUAGCCCCGAAGAACAAUUUCCUCCUAUUUUCAAUCCACCGAAUCCACAAAUCCCACAAGAUGUUUUCUUCAGAUCGAGCUUACAACAAAAUGAUGCUUUUGGACAAGAAGGUGCAAUACCAGUUGGACAGUUCAGAUUUACUCCACCCAACGGACCCUACUAUCCCCUCGAUGGGGAGGAUAUUGAGAAUGAUUCUAUAAUAGUUGACGCCAAAAUCGAAGACGGUUCAAUGGGUGAGAAUGGUGCUGACAAUGUACAAACAGAAGGUCCUCGUCCAGACAAAUCGGAGGAACCAGGUAUGGCUCAAGCAUCUCCUGGAGCUAUAGCCUUAGCGGGUCCCGGAGGAGUAGCAGGAGCAUCCCCAAGAGCGACCUCAAUAGUGGGAAAAGGAGGAGUCGCAGUAUCAAAUCCACAAGCUACCGCUGUUGCUGGAACAAAGAAAGAAGCUGAUAAAGAUGAAAAAGAUAAGAAACUGCAGAGAAAAUUCAACAAGUGAGAGGUUACGUUGGGGUCAGUUGAUGGACUAUAGACGGUUAAUCACUGUUCUUACAUAGAACAAGUUUUAUGGGAAAUUAUAAGUUUUGUUUCUUAAAAUGGUAUCAAUCAUGGUGCUACAUACAGAGAAAACGUUUUUGUUUCAAUAACUUGUUUAAUAGCUAUGUGAUUGAAGUAGAUGUUCAGAAAUGUAUUUUCUAGGAGCGCUCAGGUGUAUGUAGGAUACUGAAACUACUCACAAAUGUUUGUAUUGGUUAAUUCCAUAUCAUCCAAUCUUCUUUAUUGUGAUGAGUUUUACAGAACAUAAAAACAAGAAAAUAUGUGUUAUAUUAGGUACUCCACUGGAUAUUUAAAAUUUCUCUUUAUCAGAUCGUUUCAGUAAGCUAUUGUUUAGCGAAACUGGUGCUAUGCUUUUGCAAAUCUUUUGUACUAAAAACUUCAAUAAACUAUAAGUACGUUUUGAAAAGAUAUGUAAACAUAAACUUAUUGUUUGAAUAGUUUUUGAACAAAAUAAUUACUAACAAGAGGUUAAAAUGCAGGAUAGGAACUUUUUUUAACACUUUUAUAUUGUUAAGAUUGAGGUUGGGGAGAAUUCUUGCAAGGCAACCUAUGAAUUUCACUUAAUUU